CUUCAGCUCACUGUGUGGGGCUGAUCCUCCUGAAACACUCCUGCAUACUCAGGCUGGGCUUUGGAGUAUGCAGAACAUGCUGACAGUGAUAGCAAACGCACUUAAGGGUGGUGCCAAAAUAAAUGGUGCCCAAACAGUGUCAGAGGGCUCGGGAAUUGUGGUAUCAGCACGUUCUUUUGCUGCCUUGACACCUCAGGCCAGCUUUGACAUCAAGAGAUGUGACCUUCAUCGCUUGGAUGAAGGCCCUUCGGUGCAGACGGUGCUCACCAGAGAGGAUGGACUCAGGUACUACCGCACUAUGCAGACCAUGAGACGCAUGGAGCUAAAGGCAGAUCAGCUGUACAAGCAGAAGAUCAUACGAGGAUUCUGUCAUCUUUAUGAUGGCCAGGAGGCCUGUGCUGUAGGCAUUGAGGCUGGUAUCAAUCCCACGGAUCACCUGAUCACAGCAUAUAGGGGUCAUGGAUACACCUACACCAGAGGUGUGUCUGUGAAAGAGAUCAUGGCAGAGCUCACAGGUGAGGACUUUCUUCAUAAAGCUAUUUUCAUCUGUGAGAAUAAUAAAUAUGGCAUGGGGACAUCAGUGGAACGGGCCUCAGCCAGCACAGAUUAUUACAAGAGAGGAGACUACAUUCCUGGUCUGAGGGUGGAUGGUAUGGAUGUUCUCAGCGUGAGAGAGGCAACCAGGUUUGCGGCAGAUUACUGCAGAUCUGGAAAGGGUCCCAUACUAAUGGAGCUCCAGACAUAUCGUUACCACGGCCACAGCAUGAGCGAUCCUGGGGUCAGUUAUCGCACACGUGAGGAGAUUCAGGAUGUUCGCAGUAAGAGUGACCCUAUCACUAUGCUGAAGGAUCGUAUGAUUAGUAACAACAUGGCUAGCCUGGAAGAGAUCAAGGACAUUGAUGCUGAGAUUCGUAAGGAGAUAGAAGAAGCAGCACAGUUUGCUACCUCUGAUCCAGAGCCCCCACUGGAGGAUUUGUGCAACCACAUCUUCUACAAUGAUGCACCUUUAGAGGUCAGAGGCACCAACCCUUGGAUGAAGCUGAAAUCCAUCAGCUAAAGAACCUGCUGAUAAUUCAGCACUUCAUUCCUCGUAGUACGGACGGGAGCUCUGUUCCUAAACCUAUACGCACAAAAAGAUGGAUGAAAUAGUUUAUCCAUAAAGUCAUAAUUACAAUCCAUAACCGCUGUUAUUGCCUCUCUAAUUAGCAACCAGUUUGGCAGACUAUUAAUAUAUUAGGAAACAUAGCAUAACUUACAGCAAUAAAUAUUUAGAGCAAUACUGGAAAAAUAGAUUAUGAAUAAACGAAUGGGCAUCAUCUUUACUUGUAAAUGUGAAAUCAAAGGUCUAUGAAUGAAAUGUAGGCCUAUUAAAAAUUAUUUGUAACAAUGAUACAAUUUUCAUGUCCUAUAGUAGUGUGGUGCUGUAAUUUCUUGAAUUAUGAGUUCAUUCGUCAUUUUAAUAUAAUAUCCCAAAGCCUAAAUUUCUGUUAGUAGCCUGCCAAAACUUUCACUAGCAUCUAAGCUUAUGCAAAUAUUAGUCAGCACAUUUGCCCUGUAACCUGUAUUCAGGAUUUCAGAACACUAAAAUGGAUGGAAUUAAUAAAUAUGUAAUAA